AUGGCUUUGGGAUGUAUGUUAGCUCAGAUUGAUGACUCAGGGAAGGAACGGGCUAUCUACUAUUUGAGUAAGAGGAUGCUAGAAUAUGAAGUGAAAUAUAUAAUGAUUGAGCGCCUGUGCUUAGCACUAGUUUGGGCUACCAGGAGAUUGAGGCAUUACAUGACAGAGUACUCAGUGCAUCUGAUAUCCCGCCUAGAUCCAUUGAGAUACUUAUUUGAUAGACCUGCAUUGACUGGUAGACUGAUGAGAUGGCUCGUACUUUUGACAGAGUUUGAUAUCCAGUAUGUUUCUCAGAAGUCUAUUAAGGGAAGUAUUGUCGCCGAUCACUUAGCCUCACUACCGACAUCUGAGGAUAGACCAGUUGAUGAUGAUUUUCCAGAUGAGGAGUUUGUUGCUAUGACCAACUUAUCAGGAUGGUGCAUGUACUUUGAUGGUGCAGCCAAUCAGUCGGGGUAUGGGAUAGGUGUUCUAUUGGUAUCCCCUCAGGGUGAUCAUAUUCCGAGACAGAUGGAGGUAUUUGGUGAUUCUAAUCUAGUACUUAGACAGAUUCAGGGGGAUUGGAAGACUAGGGAUGUGAAGCUUAGGCCAUAUCACGCCUAUUUGGAGUUGCUGGUUGCGAGAUUUGAUGACUUGAGAUAUGUUCAUCUACCUAGAGCGCAUAACCGGUUUGCCGACGCCUUAGCUACCCUAGCUUCUUCUGUGGACAUUCCGAUUGAUGUAGUUAUACGUCUGUUGCUGAUUGAGUUGAGAUUGGAUUACCCAGAUGAGCAGUAUUUUGUGAGCUUUGAGAUUUACCUUUUGAGAUCCGUCGACAGGUGUGAGCACCCUGGAAACUGGGGCAUAUUUCCCUUCUUGGUUUUAGUAGUCCGACCCUUGACAUUUUGA